AGUGCUCCUCACCUCGCGAGUCACGCCUGAUGGACACUUUCCGGUUUCCCAGUCAAUCGCAAUUGGUGUGACUCCCGCCUCUCUCAGUUGCUCCUGAGCUAAGGUCAAUUCUGAACCGGACCCUUUUCCACUCAAGCGGAACUCGAAGCAGUCUUAAGUGCUGAAAGAGAUAAGUGCAAAGCCUAUAAUUAAUGGAAGUUUUAAAAACUACGCUUUAACAGAGUUAUUAAAAGCCAAUGAAGGUAUCUGAUCUAGCCGUUCCAGCUGAUUUAUUGUCAUAAAAACUCAGUUACCUAUAGCUUAUUAAAUGAGUGCAGAUUGCUGCAAUUAACGCCACUGAUCACACUGAACUUUGACCAUAUUUUUCGAAAACAUUUUUAUUUUCUCCAAUUUGAGGGAGCUAUUGAACGUUUUCUGUCACAUACAACUGAAAAUGAGCUGGCCAAGUUUCGAUUAUAUGAUAAGCCAAAAAAAAAGUCAAAAGCAAAAGUCCGUACUAAUUACAGCGCUUUAGUGGGCAGUGAGUUCGGACUGAGUUCGAUUUAGUCACGGAUCGAACGCCAUGCGACACGCGAUCUGGUUUCUCGCAGUGCUCGGGGCUUAUUCGCCCUGUGGGUCUACGGUUUUGGGUGGAUUCGUGGAGGAUACCUUUCCAGCGAGUGUGAUUGAGGACGCCCAACUGAAUACGAUACAACUGCUGGAGAAGUACAAGCAUCCAGCGGAAACCCAUCAGGUGACCACGGAAGAUAAAUAUGUCCUGACCCUCCAUCGCAUUCCCCGACCUGGGGCCAAGCCAGUGCUAUUGGUUCACGGCCUGGAGGACACCUCUUCCACCUGGAUUGUGAUGGGUCCUCACAGUGGCCUGGGUUACUUUCUGUACGCCAACGGAUACGAUGUCUGGAUGGGCAAUGUCCGUGGUAAUCGCUACUCCAAGGGCCAUUUGAAACUCAAUCCGAAUACGGACAAGGCUUACUGGAGCUUCUCGUGGCACGAGAUAGGGAUGUACGAUCUGCCGGCCAUGAUCGAUGGGGUACUGGAAAAAACAGGAUACCAAAAGCUGAGCUACUUUGGCCACUCCCAGGGAACAACCUCGUUCUUUGUGAUGGCUUCGAGUAGACCGCAGUACAACUCCAAGAUCCAUUUGAUGAGCGCUCUGGCCCCUGUGGCCUUUAUGAAGCAUAUGAAGGCUCCACUCCUGGGAAUGGCCCGCAUGGGAAUCAACAUGUUUGGUGAAAACUUUGAGCUAUUUCCACACUCUUCCCUGUAUCUUAACCAGUGUAUUUCCUCCGCCGCCUUGCUGAAGACUUGUAUGCGCUUCUAUUGGCAGAUUGUGGGAAAGAAUCGGGAGGAGCAAAAUAUGACCAUGUUUCCGGUGGUGAUGGGUCAUAUUCCCGGCGGCUGCAAUAUCAAACAACCCCUCCACUACAUCCAACUGCAGAACUCAGAUCGCUUCUGUCAGUACGACUACGAUCCCAAGGAGAACCAACGGCUUUACGGACGCCUCACUCCUCCGGAUUACCGCCUGGAAAGGAUUACUGCUCCGGUGGCCCUCUACUACGGCAGUAAUGACUAUCUUUCGGCAGUGGAGGAUGUUCAACGGUUGGCGAAACUUCUCCCCAAUGUGGUGGAGAACCAUUUGUACCGCAAGUGGAACCACAUGGACUUGAUCUGGGCCAUCAGUGCCAGGCGUUCGAUUCAGCCCAGGAUUCUGCAGGUGAUGCAGUACUGGGAAUCAGGCGGGGCAACUAAGGACGUCACCACAGGAACACCGGUGGAGGAGGAGGUGGCUCAGUUGACUACGGGUUCCCCGGUUGAUAAGGACCCAGAAGAGGAUGAGCCGGCUGGCAGCAUCGCUGGAAAUGAGGAGCAGCGAGAAAAGGUCCCGCAAGAUCACCUAGAAGGUGAUCUGGUAAAGGCAGCUACUGAUCCCACUUCAGAGCUGUAGAUAAAAUAUUUUAUUUUUUUGCGAAAUGCACUUGAUUUAAAAGUGAUAUUUGGUUGAACCGUCCAUUAGGUGAUUGAAUAAUUUAUAUACAACAAAAUACAAUGGCACAAGUGACGUCCUUAAUAAAUGUUAUAUGACUAAAAGCA